AUGGCUAUCAUGGGAGACUCGGAGACACCCAUGUGCUGUGAGCCGGCUUUCAAGACGAAGCGCCUGCCAGGCAGAGGACGCUCUGUGAUCGCAUCUCGCGCAUUGGCUGCUGGUGAGGUGGUUCUGAUUGAGCAACCCUGGGCUUUGGUCCUGCUGCCGGAAGAGCAGCACCAGCGCUGUGAUUUUGACCUCAGCACUGAUGGCAAGCUACUGCACUGUCGGGCAACAGGAUUGCGUUUUGCGUCCAAGGAGAAUCAGAGGGCUGCCAAGGACUUGUACUACGAGGCGGAGGUGAAGGCCGCAGCCGCGGCAGCUGGUUCGGGGCAUGCAGACACCUUCCCGUUGCGGGGGUGGCCAACCACCCUCCGCUUGGCUGUGCGAGCUCUGCAGCGAGGAGCUGCUCAUGGAGAGCAACCGUGGCAGCAGCUCGAAAGCCACUGGGAUGAGCUGACCGAACCUCGCCACAGAGAGCUGGAGCAGCAUGCUGCGCGGUGCUUGGACAUGCUUGCUGCAGGCCUCGGGCUGCUUCAGAAUCAGGCGAACCCUGGUGCGACCGAAGUGCAGCAGUUUCAGGCCAUAGCGAACAUCAGCGAUGUUGCCCAUUUCCUUGCUGCCUUAGAUGUCAACGCCAUGACCGUGACUGAUGAGGAGCAGAGGGACCUUGGUCUGGGGCUUUACCUUCAAGGCGCUGUCUUCAAUCACGAUGAGGAGCCCAACUGUAUCCAGAGCUUUGUUGGGCGUCAGCUCAAGGUUCGCACAUGCAAAGCGGUGAAUGCGGGCGACGAGCUGUGCAUCACGUAUGCAGAGCUCGCAGAGAUGAGCAAGACCCGACACGACUUCCUGUCUCAGCACUAUCACUUCCGACCGCACCUGCAGCCUCAGGCGGAGCAGCGUGAUGCUGUGCUCAGCGCCAUCCUUGUGCCACCGGAAUGGUCUCCGGCAGAGCGUGGGGUGGGGUGGGAUGCAGAGUCUGGAGUCCAGGAUCUUGGCAGUGCAGCGACGGCCUUGGUUCGGAAGGUGAGCGAUCUUCGAUCACAGGCAAGAGCCAACGGUGAAGACGUUCAACUUCUGCUGUCAGCCUGGCAGGAGGCUACAUCAGGUCAGCACUUUCGCCUGGGCGAAGGACACAUCCUGCGAUGGACUUUAGCCCGCGAACUGAUGGAUGCGUUUGUUGCAUCCGAGCGAUGGCAAGAAGCCCUGGUCUUCGCAAGAGCUGUCUCUUCCACGGCCCGCCACAUCUUCCCGGUCAACUGGCCGGUUGUUUCCCUGAGCCUCGCAAGACUGGCGAAGCUGGAGCUCUAUUUUGGCAACUUUGCCAAUGCUUCGUGCUGUUGUGAGGAGGCUCUCUUUGCAGGAGGCCUCCAGCCUUCGCCCUCCCUCCUUUGCUGGGAGGACCGUCCCAUCCUCGCGCGAGAAAUACGACAGGUCCUGGCCCAGGCGAGCGCCGAGGCUCAGGCGAUGGGGAGAGGCUUGGCUGCGAAGCAGGCGCUUCAACAGGAGGCGCUUGCGAACACCGGCGCGCCGAAGGUGGAUCUGGAUGGCAUGGACUGA